UUGUAUAAUUUAAGCACCGGUGGCAAAUGGUGCGUCGAGGAGAAUAGAUGGCGCUUGAUGCAGCGAUUCAAAUUGAACUGAAAAGUCGUUAUGUUGUUCAUACAUGAGGGGUAAAACCAUGGUUUACCAGUAAAACUAGUAUCUUCCUGUGGCUUCCUGUCUGAAACACGAAAUGGAGAUUGUUGGUGAAGUUUUCUUUUCUUUCUUAUAUGGUGUUAUUAGGGGAUAUUAAUAUUUAUUGUGAAAUUUUCUAUUUACAUUUUAUUAGUUUGUGUAUAUACAAACGCAGAAGAUUUCAAAUAUGGAGACACAAUCAAGAGACACAAUUAAAGCAAUGAUUACUAAGGAUUUUUCAGAUAUUAAUAACAGAUAUAUGGAAGUUAAAGUAUUUAUUAAGGACAGUUUGAAAGAUACUUUGGAUUAUCUUCAUGAUAUAAUUGCUCAAAUACCGAACUCAGUAUCUGGUCCUUUGAUUACAAAAACUCCAAAAGUUUUAAGGAAAAAGGCAAAGCAACGUAUUGAAACCAUUCCAGAAAAUGAUGUUGUCGAUCUUACUAACAUGUCUUCAGAUUGCACUGCAGUGCAUGUAACGGUAGAAAAUAAUGAUAUAACAACAAAAUCUGUAAAUGAAACAAUGCCUGUUCGACUAAAAAGAGAAGCUUCAAAAAAAGCAGCAGACAAUAUUAAAAAACAGCAAUCUCUAUCUCUUAAUACAAAAUUACGAAGACCAUUGUCUGACCAUGAAGCUAGUAAUCUUGAUGUAAAAAAAAAAAAACGUGAAAGCCAAACCAAAAGAAAGAUAUCUACCAGAAGUAGUUCAGACGAGGAAAGCAGUAAAGGACCUAGAAAGCUUACUAAGAUGGAAGAAACUAUUGUAAUUAAAAAAGUUCCAGAAAAAAUAUCAGAUUCGCAUAUAGAGAAACAGUCUUCUCUAAAAGCGAAUGGUAGAACAUCAAAAAAAUCUUCAACAGCAACAAGAAGUAGUAGUAGAAAGAGAACUUUCUCCCAGACUCAAGAUCAAAAUAGUAAUAAACAAUCUAAUAUUAUUGAUGAUACAAUUAUUGCACCUGAAACAAAUGAGAUUGACGAACCUUCAAUGUAUGAGGAUGCGAUUGGAAAACCUUUGCCUAUAAUGAAUUCUACAAUGAAUUUCAAUUCCACCUAUACUAUGCAAAAGAUGAUGUGUGCAACGGUAAUUUUGGAACCUUUAUCUGCAAUAAAACUAAAUGAAACCGUAACAGUUAAUAAAAAGAAGAAUACAAAUAUAGAUGGGAAAAUGAUUCAACCAAAUGGUGAAUUCAAAUCACCUAGAUUGUCGUCUAAGCUUGAAUCAACUUUCUCGGUAACCCUGCAGGACAGGAUGGUACAGUUAAAAGAAGCUAUAGCAAACAAGGAAUUUGAUGAGUUACUCACAGAAGACGAAUCAUCUCCUGAAAUAAAAAAAAGGCGACAAAAUGCUAAAAUACAGGAAAAUACAAAACGACAAAAAAGAGUAACAAGAUCUACCGUUUCAAGUGAAGAUGAGAUUCUUAGUACCCCUGCGAAACCAACAUUAAAAGAGUUGAAUACAGGCUCAACAUUCCAGGAAGUGAAAAAUAUGUAUAAAUCAAAUGCUUUAUUUAGUCCAUAUGCCAAGGAAUCUGUUAAAAAAAGAGUCGAAGCAUUUGAGCAAGUUGGUAUGAACAGUCCAAAACCUGCUAUUGAUAUUGAUGCCCCGACUAGAAUGACUAGAACCAAAACACGAGCCCAGGCUGCUGCACAAGCAGAAAUGUUAGAAAUUUCAAAAGCUGCAGAAAAAACAGUCGCUCAAAAAUUAGCACGAAAGUCGAUUGCGAAAGCUAAGAAAAUUUCAUUAGCAAAACAAUACAAGGAUACCGAUAAAGAGAACAAGAUUCAAGCAAAGCAGAAAGUUCUUUCGGAAAAAGUGAAACAAAAACAACAGAAAACAACUCCAUUGACUAAAACAAAGAUUCAGUUACCAUCGUCUGUUACUCGUAUUCCACAUACUCCAUUAAACAAUUAUUCUAACAUAAAUCAUGGAAAGGCUUUAAGCGACGCACGUACUAACAUUAUUACGUCAAUGGACUCUUUCCUUCAACCUCCGAAAUCUGUUAAUAAAUGUAAUUCGACUGGCAAAGUAGAAGGUAAAAAAAGAAAAUUGAACGAUGACGAUGCAAAGAAAAAACGUGAAGAAGUACUAAGACUUGUAACAGAAGAAAGGAAAAGGAAGAGACAAGAAAAAGAAUUAAAAAAUAAAUUGGCAAGGGAAGCAAAAGAGAAACAGGAUAUGGAGAAACGUCAGAGGGCUGAAAAGGAAAGAGAAGAAAAAGCACGGUUGGCCCAACAAAUGCUAGAGAAACAGCGUGAAGAAAUAGAAAAGAAACGUCUAGCUCAAUUACAACGAGCUAUGGAAAAGGAAGAAAAAAGAAAACAAGAGGAACAAAUACGUUUGCAACGUUUACAAGAACAAGAAGAGGCAGAACGUAUAUUAGCUGAGCAAAGGCGUCGCGAACAAGAAGCUGAAAAACGAAAAGAAGCCGAAGCAAGAGCUCAGCAACAAACUGCAGCCGAAGCGAUAAAAACUAAAAUUCAUAUACAUGGGACACAGACAAAAUAUGGAAGCAAACAUCACGGUCCGACAAAUUACAUUUUGGAUAGUGAACCUGAUGAGGAUGAAUCGGAUGACGAAUCCAGACCGAAGCAUGUAAUUCCAUAUUGGGCACACCCUCAAGUACGCAAAUCUCAACUUGCGAUGCAACGAUACAUUCCGGAAGGAGCAGUUUAUAAAUUUUUCGGCAGUAGGAAAUGUACGCCAGACUUGACGAAAUUGUUCCAAGGUAUAGAUAAAAGUAGAUUAAAACGUACAUCUAGUGCAAUCUGGCAAACGCCACCGCGUUUUUCCAUGAUAGGGUCCGAAAUGUUGUAGUCUGAAUUUAAUGUUGCUGAUUCCAUGUUCUUAUUAACAUGAGUGCCUUUACAUGUAAUAUAGAAUGUUAGAAUGAAAUUAGGAAUCAUACUAAUAUUAAUCGUUUUUAAGGUAGAAAGUAGAUUCAUUCAAUUUGAUUUGUCUUUGCCAUUUUUAUAUAUAAAUGUAUCGUUUGUUGAAGUAAGUUACUCAGUGUAAAAGUGACAACUUUAAUAUAAAACAUUUUACAUCAAUAAGGUAUUUUUAUGUAGAAUUAUUUCAGAAGGUACUCCUUCUUAUUUGUGGUUUUUAUAAACAAUUUCAUAUAUAAAUAUAUAUGUAAUAUUUGACAAUGUAAUAGACACGGUAUAAAUAACUUGCAUCACUUAUUUUCGUUUAUAUAUAACUAUAAUCUUGGCAUUUGAAUAAUUUCCAGAGGUCUUAGUUUUAAAUGCGUGUAUAUAGGUAUCUGUAACAUUUUAUUAAAUACAUUUAAACUAAAUAAUUUUUAAUAAAAUGGUUUCCCGUGUAAUAUUUGCACAAAAUAUAGAUACAUAUUUACAUAUGGCAAAGAAGUAUCCAAAACUGGAUAAUCCUGGAAGAUCAUUAAUAGUGAUCUAUCAAUAACAGAAAUAGUAAGUUUUCUUCCAUCUAUUGUAGUUUGCUUUCGUUCAGGAAUAUGUUUCAAAAUGUCAGUUGUAUCAUCUUUAUAUUCGGAUAUUGUUUUUUCGGCAUCUCCACCGAGAACCUUUUCAUAUUUAUACAUUAUAUUAACGCAUCUUUAAUUAUUUGAAAAUUUUUUGUUUGAUUAUUGAUAUAAAAAGGGUGAUUUAAUUACUUUCAUAGUAGUAGAACUGCCGAAUCUUUUAACAUCUGGUGGAAGUCUGUAAUAUUCGAAAUAGUGAUAUACCGGUAUUGUGGGCAAAAUAGGUGACCAUGGUCUGAAAGUUCCAAAGGUUGAAAUAUAACGUCCACCUAGUGUCCAUAAACGUACUGUAUGGUCUGCACUUCCACU